AUGCCUCCACUGUGCAGGCAAUGGUUGAUUUGGGUAGGACUUUGGGGGUGUCGGUUUGCUAGGGACGUGAUAUUAAGACCGGAGGGUAAUGAUGUCACGGCCUUGGUACACUGGCGCUUUCUAUUGUCAUUGAUGUCAAUGUUAGAGCGACAUCAGGUUGAGAAACUUGGACACUUAUUUCAGCUGUCCCAAGAUGAUCAACAGAAUCUCCCUAAGUUGCCUGAGGCGUUUGAUAGUCAUUGUCACCUUGACAGGACUAUGAGGGAGUGGGGAAUGACUAACCCAUCUCUGAAAGAGAUGAGUAAUCUGAACCCGCUAGAGUCUCACGAGGUUCACCUCGUGGGAGUUGUAGGGGUUUUCUGUGACCCUGAGACUUACCCUACACAGGAGGGUAUUAAAUCAUGGUCUGAACAGGGUGUCGUACCGGUCGUGGGAAUCCACCCCCGGAAGGCUCUUACCGAUAAAGGGUUCAGUAAGCUGGCGGAAGUUCUCCAAUUUCCGGAGGUAGCAGGAUUGGGGGAGAUAGGUCUUGAUCGAACUGAACCUGCUGAAAAAUGGGCUGAACAGCUCCGCAAGGUUGAGCAAGUCCUGACUUUGCUGCAACCGGAGCAUGUGCUCGUUAUUCAUUGCAGAAGUUUGACAAACCUUUCAGAUGAGUCUCUGUUAACUAUGUUUUACAUGUUACAGAGUCAUCCCUCAGUCAGUAAGAAGCAGCUGAUUCACCUUCACUGCUUUACAGGGUCUUUGGACAUAUUACAGAAAUGGUUAGAGGUGUUCCCUAACACUUAUGUUGGGUUCACAGUUAUGAUCUGUAAGUCCAAUGACUACCUAGACAUGCUCCGGAAACUGGAGUCUUCCCGUUUGCUCCUUGAAACGGAUGCUCCUUAUUUCAGCCCGCCACGCUGUAAAAAGUCCAAUCCCUAUAUGAUUGGAUGGGUUGCAUCCAGGGUAGCUGAGGCCAGAGGCCAAUCUUGGGGUGACCUCCUCAAGUUGGCAAGUAAUAACGCAAAAAGACUGUACAUUGAGAAGCUUCCUCCAGUCUCAAUGUACGGUGAUGAGUCCGGUUAA